AUGAGUUCCAUUUACAUUGACGAAGAUGUCGGGCGAGACGACUCGCCCGCUACCGGCUCCGAGUCCGCCCCCUACAAGACCCUCAUCCACGCAUUUGUGCAGCAUGACCCCUCUACGGGUGCCCAGUACUUGAUGCGCAAGUCCCAAACCGAGCCCACGGGCGAAGGUGCCGACCCAGCUUCGAAACUUGAGUGGAAGCCAGCCACCAAGUCAGCCAUCAAGAAGGCAACCAACAUGCUCGAACAGCGCAAGAAGAAGGCCGCGAAGGAGCAUCAGCUGGCCAUUCGUGAGAAGGAGGAGGCCGACAAGCGUCGACUUGUCCUUGAGGAGGCGAAGAACGUCGUGAUCAAGGAAGACGUCUCUCUUCCCAAGCCUGUGAGGAUUCGCCUCGACGUGACAGACCCUGCUAUUGUCAAACUGGGAUCGCCAGAGUCAGAUACUCCUGGUACUCGAGUGCGUGUUCUGGGACGAGUCCAUCGUCUUCGCUCUCAGAAGGACAUGAUUUUCUUGACCCUUUCCGACGGUUACGGCUACCUUCAGUGCGUUCUGACGGGCGAUCUGGUCAAGACCUACGAUGCCAUGACCCUUACCCUCGAAACGUCCAUUGCACUCCAUGGAGAGAUGCGGGCCGUCCCUCCCAAGCAGCAUGCGCCCGACAACCGUGAGCUCCACGUGGAUUUCUACACGGUCAUUGGCCGCGCCGCCGGUGACAAGGACGCCAUCACCACCCGGGUGGCCCAUGACUCUGACCCCCAGACCCUCUACAACAACCGCCACCUCGUUCUCCGCGGUGAGACCGCCUCCUCCGUGAUGAAGGUCCGCGCCGCCACAUUAAAGGCAUUCCGUCAAACAUUCGACGAGCUGCGCAUGACCGAAGUAACCCCACCGGCCAUGGUUCAAACACAAGUCGAGGGUGGAAGCACUCUCUUCAAAUUCGACUACUACGGCGAGGACGCCUAUCUGACCCAGUCUUCCCAACUCUACCUUGAGACAUGUAUCCCUUCUCUGGGAGACGUCUUCUGUGUCUGCCCUUCCUUCCGUGCCGAAAAGUCCCUCACCCGUCGCCAUCUUUCCGAGUACACGCACAUUGAGUCCGAGCUGGACUUUAUCCAAUUCACCGACCUCCUCGACCACCUCGAGGCCGUCAUCUGCCGCGUCCUCGAGAUCGUCCUCGCCGACCCUGUCGCCAAGCCCAUCAUCGACAAACUCAACCCCGACUUCCAGAUGCCCAGCCGCCCCUUCCUGCGCAUGAAGUACUCCGACGCCAUCGAGUGGCUGCGCGAGCACGAAAUUCCCAACGAAGAAGGCAAGCCCCACGAGUUCGGCGACGAUAUCGCCGAGGCCGCCGAGCGCAAGAUGACCGACAUCAUAAACCGCCCCAUCUUCCUCACGCACUUCCCCGCCGAGAUCAAGGCCUUCUACAUGAAGAAGGACCCCGAGGAUCGCCGUGUCACCGAGAGUGUCGACGUUCUGAUGCCCGGUGUCGGUGAAAUUGUCGGUGGAAGUAUGAGAAUGGACGACUGGGACGAGCUGAUGGCCGCUUACAAGCACGAGGGCAUGGACCCCUCGCCUUACUACUGGUACACCGACCAGCGCAAGUACGGAACAUCCCCUCACGGUGGUUACGGUCUUGGUCUGGAGCGCUUCCUCGCUUGGCUGUGUGCCCGAUACACGGUCCGCGAUUGCUCUCUGUACCCCCGUUUCACGGGUCGUUGCACGCCUUAA